UACAAACAUCAUACUUUUAAUAUGUAUAUACGCGACUUUAGCGGAACCACGACAAAAACACUCAAUCAUUCAAGACAAUGUCUCCAUUUCCCAAGCACAAGAAAAAAACGCACACAUGCUUAGAGUAAUUAAACAACUAAAUACCUUUUUGGUACGGAACCAUAAAAAUGCAAUAGACAUAGAUAACAAUAUGUCCAUCAAAGCGUUAUUACGUAAAUAUAAACGUGUAAGACGAGAUCUAGAUGCUGUUCGUAACCCAGAAAGUAGACGUGUAAAGAAAUACAAAGGAAACGUCCAAUUUUUUCAGAAUGCAAGUGCUUUGCAAUUUAGGACUAAAUGUUUAGACACUAUGUUGCAGCUGGUGUACAUGGUGAGGCAUUAUUUCAAACAGUUUGAAAAGUACGAUUAUAUAGACAGGACAUCGAUCGAAUAUAGGGUGGGCUUCAUUUGCAAGAAACUCAGAAUGUUGUUUAAGAAGUCAGUAAGGAUUUUCGAAGUCUUGAAUAUUUAUCAGAGGAAGUCUAAGUGGCAAUCGGGGAAGGGAAGCGGGCCGGCUAAAGUGACGGCACCGCUAUCUCUUCACCACAAGGUGGCCAAGAUGAAUGUGGACUUCGAAUAUUAUUAUAUGAUUUUAAAGAAAUUGCACAGGAAAGGCAGAAUUGGCAAAUACGAAACCGUGGACUACACCCAAGAAGUUUGGCAACUUGGGACUAUAGACUAGAUCAGCACAAGGGGAUUUUAAAAUAAAAUUAACUUGUUGUCCA